AUGCAUUAUCCGUUCAAGACAAGCGUUUUCCUCCUUCUCUCCCUCUCCCUCUUCCUCUCGACCACCCUCGCCCAAACCUUCACCUCAUGUAACCCGAUGAAUCGGACAGAUUGUCCCGCCGAUACGGCGUUGGGCGUGGCCAAUUACACGAUCGAUUUCCGAAGCAGCAUCAUGUCAGAUCGGGUAUGGAACACGACAGCAGGCAAGAUCGACUACCAGGACGACGGGGCCGACUUCACCAUCAACCGGCGCGGCGACGUGCCGACGGUGCAGACCAACUUCUACAUCUUCUUCGGGCAGGUCGAGGUGAUCAUGAAAGCCGCCAAGGGCCAAGGCAUCGUGUCAUCGAUUGUGCUGGAGUCGGAUCUGUUGGACGAGGUGGAUUGGGAAUGGAUCGGAGGGAACAAUACACACGUGCAGAGCAACUACUUCGGCAAGGGCAACCACACCAGUUACGACCGCGCGGUAUGGCACCCGGUCGACAAUGCCCAGGAUGACUGGCACAACUACACUGUCGACUGGACGAACGAGCAGCUCGAGUGGUUCAUUGACGGCAAGUCGGUCCGCGUGUUGAAAUACGCAGACGCCAAUGGAGGCUCAAACUUCCCUCAGACGCCGUCCCGUCUCAUUCUUGGAGCCUGGGCAGGCGGUGAUCCAACGUCCAAUUCCAACGGUACCGUCGAAUGGGCCGGCGGCGAGGUCAACUACGACAAUGGCCCAUACACCAUGACAGUGCAAUCCGUGCGUGUCACGGACGCCAGCAGGGGCGGCUCUCAGUAUGUUUACGGCGAUAAGACUGGCAGUUGGCAGAGCAUCAAGGUCUUGAAUGAAACCAAACCCAUCAAACUCGACGGCGAAAACAGCGACUCAACCACCCAAUCCGCCAAGCAGAAGUGGAACGGCCUUUCAUCCACGACCAAAUACAUCAUUGUCGGCGUCGUCUGCGGCGUCGCCCUGCUCUGCAUCGCCAUCUUCGCCUUCUGCUGUAUUCGCCAACGCCGCGCAGGCAAACACGAGAAACUCAUCGAGGACGCCAAAUAUGACAAGAACGCCGUCGAGGUGCUCGCCUAUCGUGCCGAUAUGACUCGUCUGCGGAACGAGAAAAUGUCCGAUGCCCAAGUUCAUGUGUCUCCGGUCAUGGGCAAUGCUGGUGCCAUGUAUCAAAAUGCCGGCCAGACUCAACCCAUGAUGGGCGGCAUGAGUCCCAACACCAAUCCACGAUACAACAACUAUGCCCAGAGCCCGAGCACUUUUGGGCCCGGUCGGGGAUAUCAGAGAUAUUGA